CAUUUAUUUUCAUUAAAGCCAUUGCCACAAAUCAUGACAACAGAGCAACAGCUAAUACAACCCAUGUCAAAGCUGUCAGUCGAAGAUGCCGAGAGUUUAGAGGAACUGAUUGAAUGCGCUCGUUACGGCGAACUGGAAGAGAUUCAGGGCAUGGUCAAGUCAUUAGGACCAGAGAAGGCCAAGACCGUUUUGUCUCAACAAAGCGAAUAUGGAAAGACCCCCCUCCACAUGGCAGCUGCUAAUGGACAUAUUGUAGAUAUAGUCGAGUAUCUCAUAUCUAUUAUAUCGCCGGAGGCUAUCAAUAUUCAGAAUGAACAAGGAAACACUGCUUUACACUGGGCUGCCACUAAUGGUCAUGUCAAGGUUGUCGAGGCUUUAGUCAGCAAAGGAAAGGCUGACUACAAGCUAAAGAAUGCAGCUGGACACACCGCUAUGGUGGAGGCAGAGAUCCAAGAACGUGAGAAGGUUGUGGCCUGGAUGUUGAUCAACACAGAGCCCGACGAGGAACUUCAAGAAGAGGACGAUAAUGACGAUAACGAGGAGGAAUCGGACGAUGACGGCGAGGACCAAGGAUCAACAUCAAAGGCAUAGAGAACGACAUAAGAAAAGCAGUCAUUUUCAACCUUUCUUCCGCUCCUUCCAUACACACACCAUGCAUUCUUUUUCUUGAUUCAUUCAUUCU